UUGUAUUUUUUAUUUGUCAACGUAAUCAUCGCCGUUUCCAGCGGGACUCGCCCAAUUUCUCCUUUUUCCACCGCUUAAUAGCAAUUGUUUCCAGAAUCGAUAUCCUGUUUUCAUCUAGUGCAGUCGUCGGCUACUGACCGGCAUUCGCACUGCUAAUUUCACCUUGUUGAAGUGGUGCCUGCAGGCGAGUGUGGAUGAGCAGCAUUUGAUGCCUGAAGGUUUGGGAAUUUUAAAUGGAAUCCACCGCGAGGGUUUCUUUGGAUAAUUAGUUUCUAUCAAUCAAUCCAUCUUGUGUUUAGAAUUGUGGUACAGUUUUCCUCCCGAAAUUGAGUUGAUUCUGGAACUAGCUUUUUGAUUGUAGUAUUUGAGCUGUUCGAUCAACGAGUUAGGGCUUGUAUAGCCUUUCUCGAGCGAACAAGGAGAUUAAUCGAAUUGGUAGUUUAUCUGUGGAAUCUUCUUCAUUUUGAUGGCUCAUACAAAUCUAGAAAAAUGCCCUAACCGAAUUGCUGGUUCUCACGCGAGGUCUUCAUCUCAGCAAUCCAUUUUUGUGAAUAGUUGCCUGCCUCCAUUAAGUCCUUCACUCCCUAGUGAUCCUUCAUCGAUUUUGUCUAGCUCGGAGUUUAGGAACAUGUCAAUUGAUGAAGUAGAUGUUAGUUCAAGGGGAUAUGUGUCUGCUCUGACUUCUCCUAGGGGAAACCAUUUCCAUUGUAGUAAUGGGCUUCCACCUCGAAGAGGGCCUAGACAUCGUCGAUCUAACAGUGAUGUACUCUUGGGAUUCUCCGAUAUAAUUCAGUCUUCACCUCAGCUUGUACCUGUAGGAAGCCUUGCAGGAACAAUGGAUUUAGGCGAACAGAAACCUAUAGGGCUGAAGAGGCGAGGAAUGGAUGCUGUUGAGGGUAAACCAGAUGGGGUUGUUGCUGAUGAACUGUUUGAUUCGCUAAUGAAUUUUGAUCAUGUGGAUAAAGAUAAGGACACAGUUAGUAGUAACACAAAGAUGAGCGGUGGUGAGAGCAGCAAUUCCGAGUCUGAAACAGUGUCGAGGCACUGUCCGAAUUCUGGGGAAGGAAUCAAAAGAAGUGCAGUUGGAGAUGUUACGCCCACGCCCCAGUUUAGGCAUUCAAGAAGCCUUUCUAUGGACAGUGCUUUUGGAAAUUUCGAUAUUGGUAGACAGGAAGAUCAGUUCUUUCUGAACUGUUCAUUCGAUGUAAAGUUGGAUAAAUCCAACUUAGAGAUCGGUCAGAGUGAAUUCAAUGAUUUUGAGCUGCAAAAGAUUGUGGCAGAUGAAAGGCUUGCAGAAAUCGCAAUCUCGGACCCAAAACAGGCAAAGAGGAUACUGGCGAAUAGACAAUCAGCUGCUCGUUCUAAGGAGCGGAAGCUGCGCUACAUCUUUGAAUUGGAAAACAAGGUGCAGACUCUACAAACCGAGGCCACCACUCUAUCCGCACAAAUCACACUUCUGCAGAAAGACCACAUGAAGCUAAUGACUCUGAACAAUGAGCUGAAAUUCCGCGUUGAAGCCAUGGAACAACAGGCACAGCUUAGAGGAGCUCUGCACGAGACGUUACUUGCGGAUGUUCAACGUUUGAAGCUUGCAAACAUGGAAAUCAGAGAUGCAGAAUGGCAACGAUUCCCGGUUACUACAAGCUCGACAACUUCCGCCGCAUCGGCUGCUCCUGCCUCGGCAUAGCGCCCAGGUUUCAUUCAUAACAGCUAAUCUAUCUUUCAGACAUACAUUGUGUGUUCUUCAUAAUAUAUAGAAAGUAUUGUUCCUUUUGGACCACAUUAACAAACAGUGUUCAAUUCCAUUGAAUUCAUUGUGUAGAAAGAUCAAAAA